AUGGCGUCGAUAGGGUUUCUUGAAGUGGCCGUAGCUUUCCUUAUCUUCCUCGUCUUCCAUUUCUUGCACAAUAAGAAACCUAAUGAAUGCUUCCCCAGGAACUGGCCGUUUCUAGGGAUGCUUCCUGGCGUUCUGGUGAUGUUCCAUCGCAUUUACGACUGGACAGUCGAGAUUCUCGAGAAUUCCGACAUGACUUUCCCUUUCAAGGGCCCGUGGUUGGGGGGAAUCGACAUGCUCAUCACCGUCGAUCCUGCAAAUAUCCACCACAUCAUGAGUUCAAACUUCGGCAAUUACCCGAAAGGGACCGAGUUCAAGGAUGUCUUCGAUGUUCUUGGCGAUGGAAUAAUAAACGUCGACGGCGAGCUAUGGGAGAGUCUGAGGAAAUCGACUCGGACGAUCUUCAGCCAUGAUGGGUUUAAAAGGUUCUCGUUCAUUACCAACGUGAACAAGGUGAAGAACGGGCUUUUACCGUUUCUCGGUCACGUCGCAAAGGAGAAGACGGUCGUGGACUUGCAAGACGUGCUCGAGAGAUACGUAUUCGACACCACAUGCAUUACGAUAACCGGCCACGACCCUUUGAGUCUCUCCGUCGAAAUGCCGGACGUUGAGUUUUAUACAGCUCUCAACGAUGCUGUAGAGGCCAUUGUGCAAAGGCACGUUAAGCCAAAAAUCUUGUGGAAGCUCGAAAACUGGAUCGGAUUCGGGGUGGAGAAGAGGAUGAGAAGAGCUCACCGCACUUUCGAUCGUAUUUGCCAAGAAUACGUAGCCGCUAAGAGAGAAGAGAUACGGUUAGGGCUUCUUCAUCGUUCCGGUGGAGAAGCUAUGGAUUUGUUGACGUCUUACAUGAACUUGGACGUGGCCAAACACGAUCUCUUCGACCCAUCCGACGAUAAAUUCCAAAGAGACACCCUCUUGACGUUUAUGAUCGCCGGGAUGGGUGUCGGCUCGACACUGACCCGGUUCUUCUGGCUCCUCUCGAAAAACCCCGAGGCUCUCACCAAGAUCCGCCAUGAAAUCAAAACAAGAUUGCCAAGAAUCGCGAAUCUUGAUGAUGAGGACGAGACGUCGUUCGCUCCCAAUGACCUAAAGAAGUUGGUGUACCUGCACGGCGCAUUGUGCGAAACACUGAGGCUAUACCCUCCAAUCCCGUUCGAACGAAAAUCUCCGACAAGACCGGACGUGCUCGCGAGCGGACACAAAGUCGGGGCGAACUCAACGAUACUCGUGAUCAUUUACGCGAUGGGGAGGAUGAAAGCGAUAUGGGGGGAAGACGCGUCGGAUUUCAGACCGGAGAGAUGGAUUUCGGAGAGUGGAGGGUCGAGACAUGAACCUUCAUUCAAGUUCUUGUCCUUUAACGCCGGCCCCAGAACUUGCCUGGGGAAGGAAAUGGCGUUCACACAGCUGAAAACGGUGAUCGUAUACGUAUUACAAAACUACGACAUUCAUGUCACGGACGGACAAGAUGUGGAAUCACUUGUGUCGGUCAUCCUUCGCAUAAAAAAUGGUCUUAGAGUUACAGUCUCUAAGAGAUCGACCUCUGCCUGA